UCAAACUAGACGAAAGUAUCCUGGUUGAAGAAUUUGGUAUGACAAGAACAGAAAUAAAUAGAUUGAAAGAAAAAUCAAUCUGUUCAAGGACACAAAAGCGAGCGUCGUUCUGAAAACAUGCGUAAUAAUAUCCAUGCAGGAGAUGGUAAUACUGUCACAUCAGACAAGUUAGAGGACAAAAACAAAGGUAGAACAAGGACAGGGCGUGUUGUUAGUAGUAAUACGAACGCUUCACAACAAGUGAAAAUAAUGUCGACAUUGGAAUCUAGGUCAUAUAUACAGCAAACAGCUCCUACACCGCCACCAAGAACUUACCUGUUCAAAUCAAGGCUCCAGGAGCCUGAAUUAUCAGUUCCAAAUCAACAUAGGAUAAAAAUGUCGAAGCCGUCAACUUCAACUUCGAAAGUAUUAGAGUCAGUCUCUUCUCCUCAAAAUAUUUCCUCAAAAGAAAAAAUAUGCAGUCAGUCUACAACUCAAAAUAAAACUUUUAACAAACUAGAAUUGCAGUGUAAACAGACGAAACAGGAAGAGGAGAAUGAAAGCACUGAAAAUUUUCCAAAGUCAAAAAACUUAUCAACGAGUACUUCAGAGCAAUACAAGGAUGUUCGCCACCAGGUUGUGAAUUUUGCAGCUCUAUCUGUUGAAGAGGUAGGUCACUAUCUGAAGGAGAUGAACCUUGGUAAAUACAUCUCUGCAUUUAAAAGUGAAAUGAUAGACGGAACUAUCCUUUCACACCUCGAUGAAGACAUUUUAACGCGAGAAUUAAAUAUGACAAGACUUGAGGCACUGCGACUUCUGAAUUUUAUUAAAGAAGGAUACUUGCCACAAUUCCGAAGCCAAUCUGACAAGUUGUGUUCAUACGCCUAGAAGACAGAAUUUAUGUAUAGAGUAUGCAAAACUAUUGUUUUCCAUAAUAAUUUUUGACUAACAUUUUGGAAACAUCGUAUUUUGAAACCAAAAUAAAACAAAAAAAAACAAAUAUGUGAAUAUACCUACUUUUUUCAAAUAAAUUUUUCAAAUCAUUGAUGUAUAUGUAGCAAUUGAUUUUGUUUUCAUUUCUUUUUAAUUUAACAUUUAAUUUUUACAUAAUAUAUGUGCAUAUACCUGCUUUUUUCCAUCAAUUCAUUUAUGUUAAUGUAGGAUUUUGUCUUGUUUCAAAUCACUCCGACAAAUUCAUAGAUAACAUGGCGACUUGUUAAAUUCCUCCGGAUAUCAUUUAAGCCGUGAGCGGCAUGUAAGUAGAACAACAAAGAUUCAUGUUAGCGCAGGAUGGCUGUCUCAAAUGAAAUAUUUGGAUACACCCAAAAUGGAGGCUUCAGACCCACAACGUGACAGGCAAGUAACAGAAAAUGGUUUACUUCCAGCAAAUACGGAUUAUGUUUUGAUGUACUGCGUUUAUUCCUUUUUGUAAUAUUAUUUGCUUGCAACUUGUUCAUGCAGUUUUACUUCGGCACAGUGAUACUGAACCAGUAGUUCUACACAAGUUUCUGGAAUGCGAAUGUGUCUGCAGUAAUUUUGAGCUUUCACAAAAAAAGCAAUAUUUUAAAAAAGAAAGGAUAUAUCAGAUUUUCUCAGAAUAUUUGGUAUCUCAUAUGUAUUUAAAUCAAUUAUAUAAACACUUCUGCCUUGUC